AUGCUCUUUUUCUCUGAUGAGCUGGGUGAGGCUGUCACCGCUCUUGAGGUAGCGGUCACAGAGGUAGUGAAUGUAGUAUUGCUUCGGCAUGCCAUCCUGGCCCUCGAAUAUUUCCCCGUGAGAGUCAUACGGCAGUCAACAAGGUGCGCCUCCAGGCGGCAAACUGCGAAGAAAAAAGUUAGAAGGGAAGAAAGAUUGUCGACUUCGACAAGCCACGGAUCGGCCGCACUCGCGACGCCAAAUACCCUGACACAGUUCUCGCACUGGCUGUGGCCGCAGGCACUCGGGGAAGACCUGCGGGCGGCGGCGCAGGCCCGCAUAGCUUCUGUGAAGUAUGUGCGUACUUGA